UUACAUGUAUACCAUUCUAUCACCAUGGCAUGGAGAAUAAAAAAUAAAUAAGGUUAAUUUUCUAAAUCCUCCACUUUCCAUCCAUACCAGAUUUCUCCCGUGUCUUAUUCCUCCUUAAAUAGCAUAUUGCUUUCAUUUAAAUGUGUUUUAAAUCUUGAAAGAAAAAAAUAGAACCAGAGCAUUAAACAUUUUGUGCAUGGUGCAUACAGACCGUCAGUGGAUUGAGGAGAACAGGUAAGCUGCCCUGUCCGACAUUUAACUUUUUGCGUAUUGUGAUCGCUGACAUGCCCUUAGGUGACCAGACGAACUCUUGAGGUACCGACAGGGAUACACAGACAGCUGGGUGUUUUUUUAAAUGAACAUUUAAAGGGCUUGCAGGUGUUCUUAACCCCGUUUAUUCUUCAUAUACUGGGACACUUCUUAAUACUCUUUCCUGUUGUAUAUACAGAAAUCGAUGUUCUAAACACUGACGGAGUUUGGCGUUAUGUAAGUUAGGAAGGGCAGGGUUAACUCGGAAUACACACUGUAUAUCUCGGACAGAAUGUUAGCACUGACCAGCAGUCAAGUAAACUUUGGCUGUGGAAGUUCGUGUGUAUUGACCAGAAAAUGAUGUACCGUCCUCAUGCCAUUAGGUUUGGGAAAGCCUGGAUUUUAUCCCUUGUAACUGUCUGGCUGGCUGUCUGUAUUUACCACAUUCCUCCCCCUAUAGAACCUCUGCCUCACCACUAUCCUAAGCCACUGCCUGUGUUGGAGGGACCCCUUGCCAUCAAUGCACACCUACAGAACGCCACAAAAGCCUUCCAAGGGGAAGUCAUCGGGCCCGAGUCUUUCGCUGUAGCUCCAGACGGUACUAUGUACACUGGAUUAGCUGAUGGGAGAAUUGUGGGAUUCAAAGGGGGAGAACUCUGGCUUGUGACACGAACGGGUGCAUUUCAUCCUGAUUGUGGAACUUUUGACCUUGAGCCAGUGUGUGGACGACCAAAGGGAAUGAAGAUCAACUUGAAUGACCCCUCCCACCCCCUCAUAGUGGUGGACUCUUACAGAGGGCUUCUACAAGUGGACACAAAAACAGGAGACAUUAAAGUCCUUCUUCAUAGUGCUACAGGAUUGUAUGGAGAACCCUUUAAGUUCCUGAAUUCCCUAGACAUCACCAAGGAUGGCAUUAUAUAUUUCACUGAUUCCAGCAAGAAAUGGGACAGAAGAAAUUAUCGCUAUGAGGUUAUAGAGGUAAACAGACAGGGUAGGCUAAUGCAAUACAACACAGUUACUAAGGAAACCAAACUGUUGCUAGACAAGCUCUACCUGGCCAAUGGAGUAGCUCUGUCAUCAGACGAGACCAUGUUGGUCAUAUCUGAAAUGAGCGUGUGUCAGAUCCGCAGUAUGGUCCAAAAGGCAUCUAUAGAUUUUGAGAUUACAAGGUAUUUUCUAAAGGGUCCUAAAGCUGGCCAAUCAGACAUCAUUACACAGAAUUUACCAGGCUACCCCGACAACAUCAAACUUAACAGUCGAGGAAAUUUUUAUGUGGGCAUGGGCUCAGUCCGGUACCAAGGGGUCAGCCUUCUGGGGCCAUUUUUAGACCUUAUAGGGCCAUAUCCUUCUAUCAAGAGAUUUCUUACCAAGAUCACACCUCUUAGAGUCUUUGACAUUUUUAUGCCAAAACAUUCUAUAAUACUAGAAAUUGACAUGGAUGGAAACAUCGUUAACAGUCUCCAUGACCAUGGGGCCAAAGUUAUCCGAUCUUCCGGAGAAGGAUUUGAAUUCAACAACACCUUGUAUAUAGGAAGUUUCUGGACUCCAUAUAUAGGCAUGCUCAACUUGACACGAGUGCAGCAAAUAGUGUGAUAAUGUAUGUACUCAAAAUAACAAUGGAUCUUUCAGAAGCCAAAGCUUCAUGCAGCUGCAAAUUUGUUGCAGACUUCCUACAUAUACAAAGCAAAUUAACUUAUACCCCCCACCCCUUCCAAAAUGUUGGUGCUAAAAUAACCCGUUAUAUUUAUUCUAUGCGUGAUUGUUGCUCAUCCUCAUUAUCACCAUGUUACUAUAGUAACUCCAUUUUAAUUCAGUAUUUUUCACAACAUGUACGUAUAUACAUUUAUGCAUAAUACAAAAUAAAAACAGAAAUAUCAAAA